AUGCCUGACACCUGGGUCCCCGGCCUCGUACCCACCUUGCUGCUCGGCCUGCUGGCCGGCCUCCAACAGGCUGCAGCCACGUGUGGUCUCUUCUUCACCUGCCCUAAAGGGUUCAACUGCUGUGGUAAGAGCUGCUGCCAGGAGUACCAGCCAGAGCAUUACGAGUUCUUCUCCGGCCCCUUGAGGAUCUUUGCCAUCAUCUUCCUGAUCAUCAUACCCCUCUUGUGCAUCUGUGGCCUGGCUAAGCGCAUCUGUCACAACUGCAGACAGUUGGAGCAGGGCCCCCCAACGGAUCACCAGGGACCCCCAGAACGGCCCCACAUUGCUCCUGUAGAGAGGGUCUCAGUACCCAUUUCCGAGCCCCCGCCCCCCUACAGCGAGAUUAUUCUGAAGCCUGUCCUGGGCCUGCCUCCCUCGGAGCCACCCCCUCCCUAUAGCUUCAGACCUGAAGAAUAUGCCAGGGUUCGCAGAGGCAUCGACAACCCUGCCUUCUGA